UGAGGAUGCUCAGGAGCAACAGUCCGUUUGGCAAUGACACCGGCAGCUACGCAGGAUCAAUUCAGUCUAAUGGUUAUUCCACGAUGGAUGAGGUGUCAUCACAGUUGUCAUGUAUGUCGACGCCCAGUGCAAAGUCAAUAUACUUGCAAAGGAAGGAGUAUGCAGUGUCGAUGAACAAGAUGCUGAACAAACUUCGGUACAGAGUGGAGCACUUGUUCACUUGUGAACUGGAUGGGAAGGAGAUGAGAAGCAUCGCUGACUGUGUGGAGCGGCUGAAGCUGCUGGAUGGGAUGGGUCGUGUGUGGGGUCAGAACAUGCUGAUGGAGGUGCGCGGCGCCAACCUGCUGCUCACAGACAUUGAAACUAAGGAAGAGCUGGAGUCCAUUGCUCUCAGUGACAUCCUGGAGCUAAAGGCUGUGCUGAAUGCUGCAGUGUUUAACUCCCUGCUCACAGUGUCAGUCCAGUCCGGGAGAAAACAGACCACCAGUGUCUUCAUGUUCCAGUGUGAGGAAGUCAGGGCUGACUAUGUUCAGAAGGAUCUCUCACGAGUGUUGUCACAAAGGCAACAGGAUUCAAGCAUCAGCAAUUCAGGACCAAUAGCAGGACAUGAAGGAAUGAAAAACCUUCGUAACACUACAACAACUGAACCCAAAGAGCAAAAGCCUGCAGUUGAUCCAGUGCCCCGGUGGACUUCACCUGACUAUGAGGAAGAGGAAGACGAGGAGGAGGAGGAGGAGGAGGUGGAGGAAGAGCCCUUACCAUCCAGAGGGCGGGUACCAACACCGCUGCCCUCCACCACUAAAGAGAACCCUCUUCCUCCUCCACGCACAUACACAGAGCUGGACAGGAAUGUGGAAAUCUUGAAUCAUAUUUUAAGUGACAUUGAAGUCUUCAUGGGACAAGUAGCUGCGGUAGUAGCAAAAAAUGCAAAGAAAAAGAAGAAAAAGAAGAAAGGAAAAGUUAUGGACGGCAUGCCGCCUGUAGGAGAAUUUGCAGGGUGUCUCCACAAGAUCAAAAGUGGUUUCAACCUUCUGGGGGAACUCAAUGGAAAGAUUAGUAAUCCCAGUGCCCCUGGAUUUGUCCACUCCUUUUUCUCAGCAUUAUCAUUUGUGGUACCUCACUGCCCUGAGGAUCUGCCACCAACAAUUGUGGCACCUCUGCUGACGCCUCAAUGUAUCCGCCUCAUGAGUGAAGAGGCCUCUGCAGAAGAGGACCAGCUGUGGCAGUCUCUGGGAGAUGCCUGGAACAUCCCCAGUACCAAAUGGCCAGAGGAUGAUGAGGACAUCCCAACCUACACUCUGGAGUUCUCCGAUGGCUGGCAGCCUCCUAAGGUGACUGCAGCACCUGAAUCCAGGGAACCUGUGAGCAGACAGGCAGGUCAGAAACCUGCAACCAGCCAGACUUCUGCUUGGGUAACAUCGCCUCCACCUCCAACAGCACGCUCAGGUGAGUCAAACCUGCGGCAAAUGCGUGUCAUGCUUGACUUCAUCUCAAGAAACCACAGAGAGCUCACCGUCAGAAAAGGAGAGGUAGUUGAGCUGCUGGACUCAUCGAAGCAGUGGUGGAGAGUGAGGAACAGCAGGGGAGAGGAAGGCUUUGUACCCAAUAAUGUCCUGGAGACUGAUGAUGAACAACCUGUCAAGCAAACUGGAGGUUCUCCUGUCCUGACCAGGAAGUCCAAGCCUGCAGAUGUGAAAGCCUGGCUCGAAGACAAGGGCUUCAGUAAAAUCACUGUUCGCUGUCUGGGCGUGCUGAGCGGCUCUAUGCUCCUGGGGAUGACCAGAGAGGAACUGAAGACAGUGUGUCCAGAGGAAGGAGGCCGAGUCUUCUUCCAGUUACAAGCGGUCAAGUCCGCUAUGGCCGCUGUCUAUUAAGUGGGACCAACAAUACAGUGAGAGGACAUCAAAGAGGAUGGAGAAGAAGAAAUCAUCAUGGACCAAAAGAGGUCACGAGUGGUCAGAAAAUAUAAGCUUUGAACCAAUAUAAAGCAAUGAAGUAAAAGAUCAGCUUUAGUGUCUGAAAUCUUUACAUUUUGUCACAUUAACAAGAAAUAUGCUACUCAUUAUAUCAAAUCAGACACAUUUGCAAAUGUAUAUUAGUAAAUUAAUACAUUCAGAAUGGUUUAAAGUCAUUAUAGUCAUUAUAUAUUAUAGAACAAAUUGUCUGAAUUCUGUAACAAUAAAUGGGG